AUGUUGACUCCAGAGGAGCGAGAGGCUCGUCGAUACCGCAAGGCGCUGAGAACUAAACACCAUACUGGAUGCUCUGACGAAGACCGCGCGAAGUCGGUGAAUCACGCGAUCUACGAAGGUUUCAAACGGCCCAAAUGGCUCAUUGACAAUACGGCUGUUCCGAAAUCUACAAUCCUUCAAUCCUCAUCCUCAUCUUCGAACCUUUCGCCUACCAGCUCGACUCCAGCAUCUAGCAACAAACGGCAGCGAUCAGACACCGCCGCAAGCUCGCAGGACGACCCUACGCGCAACACUGACGAUAGCCGACCGUCCAAGAAGGCAAAGGUCACAGUCAAUGCUCGGCAAGACAUUCAAGAGGUCGCACCGCCUCGCCAGCGUGGACGCCCGCGCAAAGCGCCAGGUGCCCCAAAGGCAAAGUACACCAAACGUCAAGCGGCCAUCACACAGCAGCCAUCACCACCGCGCUCGCGGGAGUCAUCGACCAGGCGUGUUGUAAUGCCGGUGUCUCCGUCACAGGACGUGCUGAGCCAAGAUGAAAUCGACAGUCUAGAGAAAGAGCUCGAGGAAGCUCUAGAAGAUGACUCGAGUUUGUUUGGAGAAGACGAACCCGAGCAAGCAUCAGACCAAAUCAACCAGUCUUCGCUUAGUGACCAAGAUCUGCUCAGCCUGGAAAAAGAACUCGAGGAAGCUCUAGAAGACGAUUCGAGUUUGUUUGGGGCAGAUGAUUCUAGUUUGUUCGGAGAAGAUGAACUCCAGCAAGCACCAGAUCACAUGGACCUGGACCAGUCUUCGCUCAGUCAACAGGACCUGCUAAGCCUAGAAAAGGAGCUCGAGGAAGCUCUAGAAGAUGACUCGAGUUUGUUUGGGGAAGACGAAUUCGAACAAGAAUCAGAUCAAACAGAUCAACAUUCGCUCAGUCACCAGGAACUGCUAAACCUUGGAAAGGAGCUUGAAGAAGCUCUGGAAGAUGACGCGAGCUGUUUUGGUGGAGAGGAACCUGAGGAAGUUUCAGACCAAGAGGACGAGCCUUCGCUCAGCCACGAGGAGAUUGCUAGUCUUGAACAAGAACUGGAGAAUGCGUUGGAAGAAGAGCUUGAGGAGAAUUGCAACAAUGACGGAUACGAAAGCGAAGUCAGCGAGGAAGAGUAG